GGCGAGACGCCAUUUGCGGGGCCAUCGAAGCGCAAGGCGUCGCUCUCUCUCUCUCUUUCUCUCUCUCUCUCUGAGCCCUCUUUCCGGCGCAGUGCACCCUGGGAAAUGAAAGCAGCUUCGCGUUGCCUAACGACGGCGCCUAGUUUACCGUAAGCAGAAGGUUGCUGACAGCAAUGGGGACAAUCAAUAUAGGUGGUCAAUGGGAUGAAACCAUUUGCAAUAUGAUCGCUUGUCAGCAUCCACCCUGCUGGGAGUCUAUGCGGAGAAUUGAAAGUGGACAUCCUCACAUUUUGCUGAAGAACAUAAUCAUUCCUGGAAAAGAUUCCCCAGCAUUUGAAGGCAAACUGCCAACCCUGAAGAUUGUUGACCUUCCCCUCCAUUAUCCCCAGAGAGAAAGGGUUAAAUGUGUUGGAAGUUUUGGUUCCAGCUCCAAGACAAUUUCCAGUAGCAAAGAAGCUAAAAAUUGCUUUUCAAAUUCUACUCUGAAUGAUGGUUGGAUACCCCCCAUUUCGGUAUUGAGUUCAGAAAGGAAUCCUUUCCCAGGUCUGAACUCCAGAAUGGCAUCUCAGACUCUCCACUUCCCACCAAUAAGUUUCACCUGCUUGAGGCAGCCUGAGAAGAUGCAGGUGACCGAUCUCGCUGAGUUUGUGGUGCACAGACUGGGUUCCCAGCCAGCCUGUGGAAACACGAUUGUCCGGUGGGUUCCAGACAUGCGACCCAGAUUCCUGCAGUCUGAAAACGGGAGAGUAAAGGCGCCCCCAGAAAGAGUAUGUGUGAAGGACCUUGCUUUGGAAAGCCUCCUCUCCCUCCAGGAUCAUCUGGGGACUAAAAGAAAAAAGUCAAAUACAGUUCCUACAGGGGGUCAGCCUUACUUUCGUCAUUUAAGGCGGAAUCAAAAGUCUAACAAUAAAUCAAGUUCUGUAGGCCAUCAAAGAAAUGCAGAUGACAGCCUCCUCAGGACAAGGCAACACCCGGUGCCCACUCUGCGUCUGUUGCUACAAAAUGAGGAAGGUGUGACUCGGGAGCGCAAAAGAGGAAAGGCACUGCUGGAGACCAAGGAGACAUUGGCAGCCCCCUUUAUUGUGCAGAAGGCGCCCAGUUUUGACCCACCUGAAGCUAAGAUCCCCGUGAAAGACAAAGACUCUGGAAGAAGACUAGGCCGCCGGCCCACGACCAUCUCAGGAGGUUUGCCUGUUUCCAUUCUGGCCUUAGGGCUACCUGAAUGUAACUAGGACUGAUUUGCCUCUUCUGACCGGCCACAGGCUCGCUGGUCCUGAGGCGCCUGAUGGUGGAGCAGCUGGGGGAUGCUGGUAACCCUCAAGACGAGAAAGGAGGGGGCCUCCUUGAGCACAGCCAGAUGCCCCCAGAACCUGCUGCAGGGAAUUGCAAGCUGCAGACGUCUCCAAGAAU